GGGAGGGAGGGAACGGAGGAGAGCGAGCGUGUGUGUGCGUGUCUCCCCGUGUGUGCGCGUGAAUUGCACCACCGCAUCCCGUUCACCGUUUCUGCAGGCGGCCAUGCUCUGAUGGAGAGAAUAAAACUGACAAAGCUUUCUUUUUCCUCAGAUUUAGCCUCCGCCGUGUCAUUCCAGAUGUGACUGACAAGUCGUUUUAUGUCGCCCGCAUUGAGUCCUGUGCCGUUCAUCUCGGAGAGACUGUGACACCAUGGCUUUGGUUAUGGAACCUAUAAGUAAAUGGACACCAAAGCAAGUGCUGGACUGGAUGAAAGGUCUGGAUGACUGUCUCCAGCAGUACGUGAAGAGUUUCGAGCGGGAACAGAUGGGGGGAGAGCAGCUGCUGCACAUCACCCAUCAGGAGCUGGAGGAGCUGGGUGUCACCAGAAUAGGACAUCAGGAGCUCAUCCUGGAAGCUGUCGACCUCCUGUGUGCCCUGAACUACGGCCUAGAGACGGAAAACCUCCGGACUCUGUCCCACAAGCUGAACGCUUCGGCAAAGAACCUCCAGAACUUCAUCCUGGGCCGGCGGAGGGGCGGCCACUACGAUGGACGAGCUUCCCGGAGGCUACCCAAUGACUUCCUUACCUCGGUGGUGGAUCUGAUUGGUGCAGCCAAGAACCUGCUAGCCUGGCUCGACAGGUCUCCGUUCGCCAGUGUGACAGAGUAUUCAUUACUGAAGAACAACAUUGUGCAGCUCUGCCUAGAAUUAACCACCAUCGUACAACAGGAUUGCACUGUGUAUGAGACAGAGAAUAAGAUUCUUCAUGUGUGUAAGACCUUGGCGGGAAUAUGCGACCACAUCAUCUCUCUGUCGUCAGACUCUCUGGUCUCUCAGUCUGCCCAUCUGGAGGUGGUCCACCUCACCAGCAUCAUGCCCAGUGAAGGGCUGGGGAUGUAUAUCAAAUCGACGUAUGAUGGACUCCACGUUAUCACCGGAACAACAGAGAAUUCUCCAGCAGACCAGUGCAAGAAGAUCCAUGCAGGAGAUGAGGUGAUCCAAGUCAACCACCAGACAGUGGUGGGCUGGCAGCUGAAGAACCUGGUCAACGCUCUGAGAGAGGACCCAUGCGGAGUCAUCCUCACACUGAAGAAAAGGCCCCAGAACACCCUGAGCUCAACGCCGGCUCUGCUCAGGAACGUGCGCUGGAAACCACUGGGCCUGCAGCCGGUCCCCACCAGCCCCACCAGCACCUCACCUACACCCGGUGGAACUUUGGGCAUGUCCAAAAUGGACGCCCCCAGCAUGCAGGACGUCUAUAUCCUCUCACCUGUCUCUGGACUCUACAGCACCAGGGAGGAGCUGGGUCUGAUGUCAUGUGACGACAUCAGCCGCUACAGCGUGAGCUCCCAAUCUGGCUCCAAAGGUUCAGAGGCAGUCAGCUACUACCUGGACCAGGACAGUGGUCAGUACUUCUCCCUGCUGGAGGGAGACGGACCCCCAGGGCCUGACUAUGACAGGGGCCGCAAUACGGGGGUUCGCCGGCGGGACAAGACCCCCACCCAUGGUGACCUCAGGCCUGUUUCCAUGCCUCCCGAAUAUAACUGGAUGGCCGAGGCCAAGGAACCCAGCAUGGGCAAAAGAGGGAGCCGAGAUUCAGACAACUCCCUGCUGCGUUACCUUAGCGACGACAAGAUCCUGGUGAUUGAGGAGGAGCCCGAAGGUCCGGGCAGAGAGAGCCGGCGGGAUUCCACCAGACGCUCUCGGCGCAAGAGCCGCAAUCCCAGCAGCCCUAGCUUUCCCAUCAGCCCCUCCAUGCUGUCCUCCACCCUGCGCCUAGACCAGCCACCCGAUGCUUUGCCUCGAGGUGCGGACACACUGCGAGCAGACACAACAGACAGGUACUCUGGCUCAGGAAGCUCAGGAGCGGCCUCUAUGAGGAAGUCUUUCCAUUACACCUCUCUAAGAACGAAAACCAAAAAGAGAAGUAAAGGUUCCCUCACUAGUGCUAGUCGAAGGAGAAUUUCCUGUAAGGACCUGGGCCACGGUGACUGUGAAGGCUGGCUGUGGAAGAAGAAAGAUGCUAAAGGCUACUUCACACAGAAAUGGAGGAAGUACUGGUUUAUCCUCAAAGAGUCCUGCCUCUACUGGUACACUAACCAAAACGAUGAGAAGGCUGAGGGCUUCAUCAGCCUCCCUGAGUUCAGAAUAGACCGAGCCAUAGAGUGCAGACGGAAAUUCGCCUUCAAAGCCUGUCAUCCCAAAAUCAAGAGCUUCUUCUUCGCCACAGAUUGUCUUGAGGAAAUGAACAGGUGGAUGAACCGGUUGGGGUUAGCUGCUAUUGGCUACACACCAGAUGACAAGGUGCCACGCCCUGACGAAGACUACUGGAGUGAGAGCGAUCAAGACGAGGUGGAUGGCUCAAUGACGCUCAAACAGGAGGGUCCCUCAUCCCUCUGUGAUACUUAUCACCGCACGCCAUCAGCUAACUUCCUCCACAGUUAUGACCAGUUGCCCCGCUCUGUCAGCUCCAUGAGCCUUAUGCGCUCCACUCCGUCUCCACUCCCUCCAUCAAUGAGUGCCUCCACAUCCCCCAUCCCUCCACAGAUGGUCUCUUCCACCUCCCCUCUCCCUCUCCAGGUCAAUUCCUCUAGCCCGUUCCCGGAGCCCAAGCACGGCCGACACUUCUCCAGCGAGUCCACGCACUCCCACUCCUCAGCCGAGGACCAGCGUGGAGAUGGCAUGGGCAUGGGCACGGGCACAGGCAGCACCAGUACCCACUCAUCCGGCUGCCGCUCCUCCCAUCGUGAGCGCCGCUCCUGGCAGGACCUCAUUGAGACCCCUCUGACCAGUGCAGGGCUGCACUUCCUCCAGACAGCGCCGGGGGAGAGUGAUUAUGGGGGCCUAAUGGGGAGCAUGGCUGGAGAGAUGGGGCUGUACGGCGGGCUGGGCAGACAGGGCAUGUCCCCGGAGAGACGCAGGCAAGCCACACUACCCGUACGGAGACAUCACGCCGCAGAGAGAGACAGGGAGCGGGACGGGCCCUUUCCUCUGGAGCGAGGUCCUCACACACACAGCCACACACACCGACGCUCUCACAAGCAGCGCAGCCAGAGUCUGCCUAGGAACAGGGACCCCAUGCCAGGAAAGCUGUUGCACACCUCAGCUCAUAUGGAGGAGAGGAGCGAGGACGAGGAGGCAGAGGGGCAGGCUGCAGAUAUGCUCGAGGGUGAGGAGGACCUGCGGGAGUUGAGAGUUGAGAGCAGAGAGAGGAGGGUGUCAGAGGGAAGAGAGCGGCGGGUGUCAGAGGGACGUGAGCCGGAGCAGUUGGACGGGCUAGAGCAGCUGUACCGGGCCCUGGAGCAAGCCAACGUGACAGCUCUGGGGGACCCGAGACCCUGCAGCAGGCAGGAGUUCCGACGUUGUUUCACACAGAGAGCCAGGGACCCUCUGCUCAAUGACCGGCUGCACCGGGUCCGAGCCCUCCGCAGCACCUUGAAGGCCAAAGAGUCCGAGCUGGCGGUAAUCUGUGCCCUCCUGGAGGACCCUGGCCUGUGCUCCCAGACCUUCAGAGAGUGGAAGCAGUGGCACAGCGAGCUCUACUCAGACAUCUGCCAGCUCAGUCCCGGCACCAACGGCCAGGACGACCUCUCCCCGCUGGCCGCACCUCUCAUGACCCACACACACUCCUUCAUCGAGACACAUGUGUGAGAAAGAGAAAGGGGAGCGAAGACUGAACUGACACACACACACACACACACACUCUCACUCACACACACAAACACACAGAGCUUUAGCCGAAUCCUCUCUCCUGAUCACAACUCUGAGCACGCACUCACACACACAUACACACAAACACACACACACACACACACACACACAGGAACACACAUUGUAAGAUGUGUAAAUAUCAUAGAGGGAACAGUCUGAGACCUGCGUGUAUGAACUUUUGAUAAUCCUGAGGACCCCACAGGGUGCCUAUUGCAUGCCUGAACAGAAAGCAUUAAUCUUCCUUUGUCUAUGGAACUCAGCAUAAACUCCACACGCUUGUCAAGCAAAAUGGGAAAAAAAGGAGACUUUUUAAACACAUUGGUUCCUUUGUAUUCUCUUGGUUUUUGUUAUUUUCUUCCUCUUGAUUUCAGGGGGCAGGGGGAGCUAUGUAGCAGCAAUACAGAGGAGAAUCCUUUUCACCACAGCACUGUACUUUUGUACUGAUGAACUUUGCACCCAGAGCCACCAGUUCUCCCCCUUUCUCUCUCUCUCUUUUGUUCUCUCACUGCAUAUCUCGUUGAUUUACAGGGACCUCACUUGUUAUUCCAGGCUGAUCUGACGGGACAGUGUGGGGGGACAGUAGUGACUUUUUAGUACAAGACUGUGAAAGGUAGCCAUCGCUGCUGGUUUAUCUGUUUAUCCAGUUCCCUCUGGGAUGCGGUGAACACAAGCGUCACGAGCAUUGAGGGACCAUCGUGCGGGCUAGUUGCACACUAUUUCAAACUGUGAACUGUUAAAAAAAACACACACACUUUUAUCUGCAGAAGGAGGCUCCUCUGAUUGAGUGCAGUCCUACAGUUCAGUUUGCAUUCUCUCUCCCUCUCUUUCUUUUCCUCUCUCUCUGUGUUUCUGUCCAUCUCCUCCUUCUCUUAUUUUUUUUUUUGUUUCCUCUCUCUCUCUAGUCGUCAAAGACUUGUGUAUAUGUGUAUACUGCUGUGUAUACUGAUGUAAAUGUUUGCGUUCCACUACCACUGUGAUAUGCUUCUAGAGGUAGCGGAGGGAAGACAGAGAGUAUGUAUUUGCGUGGGUGCAAAACAAUUUUUCUUUUCUUCUUCUUCUUUUUUUCUUUUUUAAACAGCGAAUGCAAGAGCUAGAGAGUUCUUUUCAAAGGAGUCACUCACUACAAAGAAUGCACUUUCUAUAUCUCUAUAUCUCAUUGGCUGCAUCACAGGGUCUAUGUCUCAUCGGCCUCUUUACCAUUGCUGUUCAAAAUAUCAGGUAAAAAGCAUUUGCCGUCUCAUUUUCUAAAGAUUUGUGUACAGUCUACAAAUAUAUUUAAACAUAGAAGAAUAUAUAAAUCUAUUUACGUUUUGUGUCAUAGAUAUAAUGUAAAGUAUGAUGUAUUCUAUGCCAAGGUUUUGCAGUGUCCCCCUCUUCACUCUGUAGAUGCAGGGUGUUUAGCAGUUGAACAACUAGGAGGCAGACAACAACAACGACAACAACAACCACCAUCACCAACAGUUGAUUUACUGGUUUACAUCACGGCUGACCCUUCUCCUGGUGAUGUGUUGCAUGAGAAAAGUCCUGGGACUGAUUUGAUUGGACAGGGUAAAAUAUUGUGGAUCAUUUGUGUUCUCUUUCUUUCUGUUUUUUUUUAAUUUAUUCUUCCUCUCAUGAUUGCAAGAUAAUUAGACUUGUAGCGCAUGUUACAUGCAAAAGUACUGUUGAAGAAUGACCUUUUAUUUGUAUGCUCAUAGAUUUUGUUUUUCAUUAGAUAGUGUUUAAAGACACACACUGUACAAUGACUGAGGAAGGCAUUUCUGCUGCUCAGUUACUUAAUCUAAUGCAGAUCCUCCGUUAGCAUCCUAUAAGGAGGUUUCAAUUUGAUGUUUUGGUUUACAUAGAGAGACUGACACAUGUCCAAAGGCUUCAGGAAUCUUACCUGAGAGAGAUUACAGUAUGGUUACUUCUAAAAGCUAUUUUGACAUUCCCUCUAAGCAUAUGGUUGAUACUGGGCGGUCAAAGACCUCUACUUUAAAUGGUCUGUAAUGUCUGUGAAACCCGGAUGAAUCAUUUCAUCUGCAAUAUCAGGCCAAGGACUCAACGGUGCCCCCCAGUGUCUAAGACUCUGAGAGACAUGCGUAGCACGCGCUGCAUCCAGCACUAUCUGUACUUAUCCUUCAUAUUUUACUGUAGUUCUUUGAGUGUAGGUUCAGGUUUCUCAUCAUGUCACACUGUUGUGAAAUAUCAAACACACCCCAGAGAUAUAGCUCAUGUUUUUUGAAUGGUUAAUUUGAGAGUACCACAAAGAAACUAAAUGAUGCAAGCACUUUCCCUGUGCCUCCCAACCCUCUCUUUGGCAACGAUGGACUGACUAUACUGGCGAUCCUACACACACACACAGCUGUAGAUGAGUUACAGGACAGUUUUAGUCUGCAGAUCUCUCUCCGUUUCUCAUCUGUAGUGGUCCUUUUUUUUCCAACCCCUGCUCCGCUGAGCAGGUGACAAACUGUAGAUUACGAGGUGCGAGUUUUGAUUUGUAGGCACAGACUGUGUUUAUCCCUCCCAGAACUUUGUGUGUGUAGACCUGCAGAAACAGGCCGAAAAGGGAGAUUCCACUGUGUGUUCUUUCAGGGGUGUACACCUCAUGGUACAUUGCACAGGUGUGUAAGAUGUAAGUUGCACUGCGACAUUAAAAAAGGAACAUAUUGCUCUUUUUCAAGGAUAAUAUUAGCUUACUGUUAUUCUGUACAUUAAACUGACUAAAGAUGAUAUUAAAAAAGAAAGAAAAUGACAUUUAUUCUUCCUAAAGUAGCCUUUUUUGGUUUCAUAUAUAUGAAUAUAUAUUACAAAAAAUACAGAUUGUAAACUUAAGUUGUUAAACUUUGACUUCAAUAAACUGAAUCCUCUGCACUAUGA